AUGCAUCGUUUUGUUCCAUUCAGACGCCUAGCCUUACCCACCCAAUUAAACCUCACAACGCCUGGCACUGUAAGACUUGCCUCAUCUCGCCCCAGGAAAGCGCCUUCAACUCUGAGAAAGACGCGAAAACAACAUUCACCUCCACCCCUUUCGCCCUCAACCCAUAAAAAUCGGCCCGUGUCACCUUUGCCAGGACAAUUUGGCCCGGGAGAUCUGGACAAUGCGGUUCGACGGAUACCGCUGGAGCUUUUUCAAUCUGCAUUUAAGGAAAAGGUGACGACGGUCAGGGUGCAGGACGCCACCCGGAUUACACAGGAAUGCAUCAAGCUUGCCGGAGGGCUGUCUUCUAUAAAACAGCAAGUUCAAGUUUCCCAAGCAAUACAUUAUGAUCUUGACGAGAUCUCUCAGGUCCUUUUUCUCCUCCUUCGAUCCCCAUUCUUUGCACCCCUAGCACUUUGGUUCUUACCACACUUAGCUGCGCAGGGAGACAAGAGAUCGUUAUAUUACUUAUCCCACAUCAAGUCAAAAUCGGCUCGUCCGCUCCCUUCUUCGGAUCAAGCGAAAGAACCCCUUCAGAUUGUCAUUCACGGUCAAAUGCUACUAGAUAAUGGAGAUCUGGAGACUGCAGCACAGCGGUUUAAGGAAUCAAUGGAUAUUUCAAAGCCCGUUGAAGCACCGUAUAGCUUUGAUGCUCUGUUUCCUGCCAAGGUCCGUCAACCUUGGGAGGCCUACGGUUCAUUAAUGGAGACAUUAGGUAAACACGAGGAAGCAAAGGAAGCUUAUACCAUUGGUUCUACAGAGUAUGACCAUCCACGGGCGUACAAACUACUUCUCCCAGAUCUCCUAAAAUCGGGCGACUUGGUCAAGUAUGAGGAAUAUCUUACAAAAGUAGCAAUGGGCAAUGACGUACUAGCUUGUUACCAACUCGGAAAUCUAUUCCUUACCCUGCACCUAAUGCACGAAGGUAAUGAAGGGGGUAAGUCUGCCCAAAACAAAGAGGAGAUGCUGCUUGUAUCACGGUAUGGAAAGAAUGAAAGUCGGCAAUUGGCUGCCGAAUGGUACGAGAUCGCUGUUGCGGGCGGCCAUGCACGGGCAGCACUUGCUAUGGCUGGGUUGCUACGGCAGCAGAACAAAGGGGAAGAAGGAUUGAAAUAUCUGCAAAUUGCGGAGAAAAGUUCAGACUACCUUGAAUUGGCCGCAAAACUGCGUGGGUCGUGGAAUGAUUCGCCGUUUACUUUUGAUUUGCGAGACAUAAUAAGGUGA